AUGGCUGAAUACUUUGACGAGCUCGGAUGGGAGCCGAUUGCAGUGGAUCAAACUGAGAGCCACCAGAUGCUGCUCAUGAUACGGUUCCUGUUGAGAAACGGAUAUUUGGCGGAAGAUUCCCAAACGGGUAGGCUCCCGCCACCCGCAUCCAAGGAAGUGGUGAAAAAUCUACCGGAGAAGGUGGUCACAAAGAACGACGACAGGUGCAGCAUUUGUAUCAAGCCGAAUGAAGACCAGGAGGUUUUUCUAGUUUUGCCAUGUGAGCAUGGUUUCCAUAAGACAUGUAUCACGCCAUGGUUGGAGAAGACCAACAGCUGCCCUCUAUGCAGAUAUGAGCUCGGAACGGACGAUGAAGAAUAUGAAGAGCAAAAAAAGUUCCGGAAAGAGGCGGCUCGAAGAGAGCAAGAUAUCGAGGAAUUGCAUAAUUCGAUGUAUGUGCUUGCCUAA